CCCUAUAUCGAGCACGUUGCGUUUCAAGUCGUUCGGUUCAUUCAACUUACGCGGUUUGGUUAGUCUUGCCGAGCUUAUUCUCAUUCAUCCAUUAGAUCGAUGAGAGGGAACCACUGUUCAUUCUGAUUCCGACGAUCGUGAGAAGCGACUUGAAGAGAAUGUGGAGCGCGUUUAUCACCGCAUUGGCGUUACUGUUUUUUGUACCUAAAAUUGAUAUCAAUUCUGCGAAAACUGUUAUCGAAACAUCAACUGAAGAUGGUUUGCUCUCCUACUCUGAAAACGAAUUUGAUUCGGCGGAUAUAGGAUGCAAAAUAUCUUUGAAAGAAGAUAUAACUGUAAAGCACCCGCUUUUGCUAGUCCCUGGAACUGGUCAAUUUUAUACGCCUGUUGAACAAUCAUCGGACCUUUUGUUCCGUAAAGGUGAAUCGAUAGAAUUGUUUUGCACACAUGGUUUCGCUGACCAGACAGAAGAUAAUUCACUAACAGCCUACUGUGAUGGAGCCAAUCUUUUCAGCUUAAACGGUGAAAGUUAUAGGAUAUCAGAGUUGACAUGUAAACGUCCUCCUUUUCAUGAAGUUAUUCGUACUGAGUUUAAUUGUUUCAAUGGAGCCAGUCUGCUUCGAGUGGGCUUUAAUGUCAACACAACGUUUGUCCCGCUUUAUGAGAUCUGUUUUGAUGAGCAUUCACUUAGAACACACUACGUCAAGCACCAGUUAACUCCUGGGAAUAUAUAUCAUCAGCAAACGAAGCGACCACCUUUCAUCCAGGGAACUUUCUAUCCUCAACUCAAUAUGAACAAACUUUAUAACUUUGAAUCUCAACGAAAUACAUUGGAACAAAUCCUCGGCUCUCAAGAUCGCACAGAUGAGCUUUUGUCUAAGAAAGGAGAAAUGUUUUUUGCUCGAGGUCAUCUAGCGGCUAAGGCAGAUUUUGUUUUCAGCGCCCAACAGAGAGCCACUUUUUGGUUCAUGAACGUCGCCCCGCAGUGGCAAAAGUUUAACGGCUACAAUUGGCAACGGAUCGAAACUGGGAUCAAAGAAUUUAUCGCUAGGCGAAAUCUCACAGUUACCGUUUACACCGGAACCUAUGGUACGCUGGAACUUUUGGAUGCCAACGGAGAUCCACAAUCUAUAUAUUUAGAUUUCGAUCCAAACAAUGGCGGCCGAGUACCGGUGUCGAAAGUAUUUUACAAAAUUAUUCACGAUGAACUGAACGAUGCGGGCAUCGUUUUAAUCGGUGUUAACAACCCACACGCAAGUAUGGAAGAGAUAGAAAGCAACUACAUAUUUUGUGAUGACAUUUCUGAUCAAAUAAGUUGGUUAAAAUGGAAAAAAGAUUACAUUCCUGGUGGAUUUUCCUACGCGUGUGACGUUAAUCAGUUCAAUGACAAAACCAAACAUUUACUUUUGCCCAAAAUUGGCAAUCUUUUGGUUUAGAUAAAGAAAAUAAUAUGGAUAGCUGAAGAAUAUUUGAUCUUUUGAACAUUAAUACAUUUUUCUGAUAGUGAAAUGAUAAUACAUUUCUUGUUUUGAUAUUUAGGUCUGUUGAACUACAUGUUAUUUUGCUUUAUGAAUUACGUGUGAUGUCUCUGAUAUUUUUUAUAAACUAAUUUAAUUUUUCUUGUAAUUUUUAUUGUUCUAUACAAUUUUGUUUGAAAUUAUACUAAAUAGGUCCCAAAGUUUGAAUUUGAUUUUUACUUACCAGCAGAGCAA